UAUUACAGCAAUGCUAAAAUUCUGCUCUUUGGUAUAUCGGUCAAACCCAUUGCAUGGAGUUGGCGGCCCAAAGCUGCGAGGCCAUAAGCAUAUUGAGCAAUGUUUGUACGAUCCAAGCAAUCAAUGAACAUAUUUACAAAUUGGAGUAUUUGGGACAUAUAAUUUCUAGCGAAGGAGUGGCAGCUGACCCUAAAAAGCUGGAAGGCAUGGCGAGUUGGGCAGUACCUAAAGAUGUCCGUGAAUUAAGAGGCUUCCUCAGAUUGACCGGGUACUAUAGACGUUUCACCAGAGGCUAUGGCAUCAUUGCAAGACCUCUUACCAGUUUAUUGAAGAAGAAGGCUUUCCAUUGGGAUGAUAUAGCAACUGUUGCUGUUGAAAAAUUGAAACAGAAAAUGACCACAGCUCCUGUUUUGGCUAUUCCUGAUUUCUCCAAGUUGUUUGUGGUUGAGACCGACGCGUCUGGAAAAGGAUUUGGAGCAGUUCUUAUGCAAGAAGGAAAACCAAUUGCUUUUUUGAGUCAAAUCUUUUUCAGAGAAGACUCAGUUGAAGUAUGUGUAUGAACGGGAGCUUAUGGCAGUG